GAGGACGACGCCCGCCACCCUUACGCCGGCCACCACGAGCACGACCAGGGGCACGGCCACCAUCAGCAGCAGGAGGAGCAGUACGAGCAUUACUACCCCCAGGUCAACCAGGACCAGCAGGGCCAGGGCCAGGGGGAUGACCCCCAGCUGGACCACCCCUAUCACCAGGUGGUGACCCAGACCUAUGAGAUGCCCACGGUGCAGCCCGUCAGCGGUGACGUCAUCAUGCUCGUCGGGCCCGGCGCUGGGGGCAACUAG